AUGAAGCCUGCCGGCUUGUUCAGGGCCUUCUUCGGCGCUGCUCUCAUUGCAGAAACAGUUGCUUUCUUCCGCGUUACUUGUGCACCAUGGAAGCGCGAACGAAUCGAUUCCCUUAUCAGCCCGGGGGCUGAGAUAGUCGCACAUAUCAAUGGCUGGCAAAAGAAUGUCACUGUCCCCGUCAAAGUUGGCAUUUUCCACGUGUAUUAUCAAGGACAAGAGAACAGCCCAGGCCUUUACCCCGAAGAUUUUGCCCUCAUCAGUGGCAACCCCAAGAUUACUGAAGACGAAAUCCGAGAGGCGGGUGGCAACGGUAUCAACUGGCAUUUUGACGAGAGCGACGAACUCAAGGAGAAAUGGCAGUUUCCCAAGAAGCGCGGCACUGGGUGGCUACGAGGCAACAUUCCCUUUCCGGGCUGGGUAGUCAAGGACGAGGCGUUGGGUCGAUAUCGUGCUUGCAAUGACACAGGCCACUGUGUUAACAUCGGGUCAUGA